CUUAAAAGCUCCUGCUAAGAAUCAGGACGUUUCAUUUUCCUCUUACUGGUGGGUCUGCUGUGACUGGUCUGGGAGGGCUGAGCCCUGGUCCAGCCCCAAGUGGAGACUGAGCCUCUCACCAUGACAACCUGCUGCAGCUGGAACGAUGUUUCCCAGUAUGAGACAAACAAAGUCAUCCGGAUCCAGAGCACGAGUUAUGGCACCAUUAAGUGGUUCUUCCACGUGUUGUUCUUUUCCUACAUUAGCUUUGCUUUGGUGACUGACAAGCGGUACCAACGGAAAGAGCCUGUUAUCAGUUCUGUGCAUGCCAAGGUGAAAGGGAUAGCAGAGGUGAAAGAGGAGAUUAUGGAGAAUGGACUGAAGAAGGUAGCGUGGAAUGUCUUCGACACGGCAGAUUAUACCGUCCCCCUGCAGGGGAACUCCUUUUUUGUGAUGACAAACUUUCAGAAGACAGAAGGCCAAGUGAAAGGGUUGUGUCCCGAGUAUCCCACCCGCAGGACGCUGUGUUCCUCUGACCGGGGUUGUGAAAAGGGAUGGAUGGGCCCAAAGAGCAAAGGAAUCCAGACUGGCAGGUGUAUAGAGUAUAAAGGGAAGCAGAAGACCUGUGAAGUCUCCGCCUGGUGUCCCGUCGAGGCAGUGGAAAAGGCCCCAGAGCCUGCACUCCUGGGCAGUGCUGAAAAGUUCACUGUGCUCAUCAAGAAUAAUAUUGACUUCCCUGGCCACAACUACACCACGACAAACAUCUUGCCAGAUUUAAACACCACUUGCACCUUUCACAAGACUCAGAAUCCACAGUGUCCCAUUUUCCGACUAGGAGAUAUCUUCCGAGACACAGGAGAUAACUUUGCAGAUGUGGCAAUUAAGGGAGGAAUCAUGGGCAUUGAAAUCUACUGGGACUGCAACCUGGACACGUGGUCCCAUCACUGCCGUCCAAAAUACAGUUUCCGUCGUCUUGACGACAAGACUGCCAAGGAGUCCUUGUACCCUGGCUACAACUUCAGACAUGCCAAGUACUAUAAGGAAAAUAAUACUGAAAAGCGGACCCUGAUAAAAGCCUUUGGGAUCCGUUUUGACAUCCUGGUUUUUGGCACCGGAGGAAAAUUUGACAUUAUCCAGCUGAUUGUGUACGUUGGUUCGACACUCUCUUACUUUGGUUUGGCCACUAUAUUCAUUGACCUUCUCAUCAACACUUACUCAAGUAAAUGGUGUCGAUCCCAUAUUUAUCCCUGUUGCAAGUGCUGUGAACCCUGCGCAGUCAAUGAAUACUACUACAGGAAGAAGUGUGAAUCCAUUGUGGAGCCAAAGCAGGUAUUGACUGGCAUGAGCAAAUAUCCAAGACAUUUGUUGAGAGGAAAAAAAGCAAACUAUGGAACAAUAUAUAUGACAUUAAAAUAUGUGUCCUUUGUGGAUGAACUCCACAUUAGGAUGGUAAACCAAAGGCUACUUGGGACAAGUCUGCAAGAUGUCAAAGGUGAAGAAGUCCCAAGACCCCUGAUGGACUUCACAGACUUGUCCAGGCUGCCUCUGUCUCUUCAUGACCCACCCCCCGUUCCUGGACAACCAGAGGCUAUCCAGCUGCUUAGUGAAGAGGUAACCCCGAGGUCCAGCGACCGCCCGGAUUGGUGCCAGUGCAAAAAUUGUCUCCCGUCCCAACUCCCUGAGAAGCAAAGAUGCUUGGAAGAGCUGUGCUGUCGGAAGGAGCAGGGUGCCUGUAUCACCACCUCAGAGCUGUUCAGCAAGCUUGUCCUGUCCAGACAUGUCCUGCAGUUCCUCCUGCACUACCAGGAGCCCUUGCUGGGGCUGGAUGAAGAUUCGGACAACAGCCGGCUGCGGCACUGCGCCUACAGGUGCUACACCACCUGGCGCUUUGGCUCCCAGGACCUGGCUGACUUUGCCAUCCUGCCCAGCUGCUGCCGCUGGAGGAUCCGGAGAGAGUUUCCCAAGCCCGGAGGCCAGUACAGUGGCUUCAAGAGUCCUUACUGAUAUGCUGAGCAGUCAUAUAACACCGCCUUGCUUGCACCUUGAGCUUCACCUGCAAAGAUGUGUGUCCAGAUUUUCAGCCAAAGGGAAAUGUGCUUUCCUCCACCCCCAGCUCUACGUGUGUCAGAGGCAAAGUGACCAGGGUAAACAAACAGCAAAGAAACCAAAAUCCCUCAGCAUGGCCUGAGACUCAAGAGAUUCAGAUUUAUAUCUCCAUUCUAUCCCUAGCAAGUUGUGUGACUCUAGGCCUUUCACCUCUGCACCUAAGCUGCCUUAUUAUCCAAUCUAUUGUUUCACAGGGAUAUUAGGGAUAUUAGGAGAGCACUCUGAGACAGCGUACGUGAACUUUCUUAUUAACCCAUAAAGAGCUACGUGAACACGAAGCCGCUCACCUUGAGGUGAGACUAGGAUAACGUCCAGCUGUGAACAAACCCUGGUUAAAGAAUGCGGAGGAUUAAAAGUGGCCACAAAUUUUUUGGCAUUUGUCCUACAGGACCUGAGGGGUUAUAUCUCCUCCCCUUGUGUCUUGGCAGCUCUGAUCACUUUAUCCGGUGAUAAAGUGAUGCUGUGUCAGGUUCAGGGUCUCGGUCUUGAGAGGCUGUCAGCUUCCACUUCCUGUCCCUUGAAACUCUCGCUGGGAAGGAAGGCGGCUCCCAUGGAAAAAGCUGGCUAUCCUGAGUCCACACUGCUGUGAGGAAGCCCAAGUAGCCAGGUGGAGAGGAAAGAUGCCCCCAGCAUUCAAGCCAUCCGAGCCCAUGGGAGAGAAGUCUUCGGAUGAUUCCAGAUCCUGCUAACACAUCACCGCAACUGCAUCAGACACCCCGAGUGAGAGCUGCCCAGUGAACCCACAGAACUAAAUUGUUAUGUUAAACCACUAUGUUUUGGGUUGUCUGUUACACAGCAACAGAUAACUGGGACAGAGAGCAAGCCUGAUUCAUGGGACGUAGACUCAGCCCACACCUUCUCUGGUUCUAAGGUUCUUGGGGAGCCUGGACCAUCCCCGGAGCCCCUCGGGGGCUUAGGUUUGGAUUAGGCAGUUCUAGAAGAGCUGCAGACCAAAUCAGGUAACUCACCGGACCAGCCCUGGAAUCCAUCAAAUCUAACUGCUGAGCUACCCAAUACAUUUCAAUCCACAUCACAGUUCUAUGACUGGAAGUAACAUCAAAGUUCUAAAAACUGGGAAAAGCCACCUUUAUGCCUUUAACUUCCUGUACUUUGCAGCCAAUUACAAUGCAUGCAGUCUGGAUGCUCCUUGAAAAGCAACUCACACUCAAACCUGUCACCAUUCCUAUACAUCAACCACUAAGAGUAUAAAAAUGGACAGCAGCUUUUAGAAUCCUCCUGCAGCAUUUUCUUUUCAAGGUUUUGGCACUAGAACGGACUAUUCCUAAACGGCAACUGUUUUAAACAAUAAAUAGAGACCACUACUUAAAACUGUGACUAAUGAAGGAUCUGUGAGUUUUUAAUACAUACUCAAAGAUUUACCAUCUUGAUACUUUUUAAAAGUCAUCAGCUUCCUACUGUUUUAAUGUAAGAUAAUAUGAACAAAAACCUCUUUUUGUCCCAGGAUUUUAUCUGGCUUUAAACUCAGGAAUCAUGUUAAUUGGGCCAGAUUUAACUCUCAUUUUUACUAUCUUUCAGAGAUACUUUUGAAAAGUGAAUUAUAUAUGACUUCUUCAGAACUGAAAUUUUGUACUCCAACAACUCUUACGUAACUGCUACAGAGUUCCAUUCCGAUAGCCUCUGAGCCUCGCAGGUUAUUUUUUGGUGCCUUAUUCCUAGUGUGUUUCUAUCACCUUGUGGAGGCCCCAGGUGGAGUCAGAAUUUGGAGUGACAAAUAAUCACUGGCUCCACCUACUGUUUCCACCUUUCCCAGAUGCUCUGGGUGAGAAGGGGAGAGGGUGAUAUGUUACAUCAACUGUGUAAAAUGUCUCACACUUGCUACAAUAACAUGCGUCGGAUUUAUAUUCUUAUUUUCAGUCCACUGUAUUAAACAGUGUCCUCGCCAAAGGCAUCCCCAGGAACGUCACCUUUUGGAGGAUCUGUUUUUUGUACCUGAAUCCAUUCUUCUCUUAUAGUAAUUGCACAGUAUUCACUGCUUCAUCUCUGUAUCAUAGGUGUGCUUUCUUGUAGCACUGGUUAUGGACUUGCAUCUCUCUCUUUACAGGGGACCAUUUUUAAAACCUUCCUAAUUCUAGCUUGGCAAUGUAGAUGUCUUAACUGUUUUGAUAAUUAAAAAGUAAUGUGUGUGGGAUGAAUUGGGAGAUUGGGACUGCCAUAUAUACAUUACUAAUAAGAAAAAAAUAUC